AUGACACUCAAAGCCUUUGUAUCACUUGUCUUCAAUUUAAUUGGCCUAGAAGAGGUACAGACAAACAAGGAUGCAACUUUACCUUACCUUGUUGCCACCUCAAUAUCAUCAGAAUCUUCAACAACAAUAACAACAACGAAUGUUAUUGAGAAAAAUAAGGAUGCUGGAUUGUGUUGUGUGUGCUUGUCUAUGUUAAACAACAAAGAUGAAAUUCGUGUUCUUCCUUGUUCGCACGAAUUUCAUAAGGUUUGUGUGAAUAGUUGGCUGAAGGGUCAUCAUAAAACAUGUCCAUUGUGUCGUUUUUCAAUGGGAGCUGAGGAAAAGUCUCAUCAUGCUGAAAUGUUUUCUGAAGAAAUGUUAAUAUGGUUUUCUUCUUUCCAUAUAGCUGGUAUGUAA